AUGGCUACCCAGCCUCGACGAGGAACACUGCUCCUGGCAUUGUUUGUGAUCGGCGGCUGCUUUGUCCGACCCCGGACAUGUACCAGCCGCCCAAGUCCUAGCCUGCGUAGGGCGCAGAGUGAGGAGGAUGACCUGCUUGCCAAGGCACUUGCAGGUGGCCCUCCCUUGCGCGUCAGCGAAAAGGGCUUGGAGGUCGAGUUUGGUAAAGGUGCAGAAGGCUCAAGCGUGCAGUGGGGUGUGCUGAAGGUGGCGACUCUAGAGGUGGACCAAUCACCUGAGGCCCAAGCCAGGCGCGCAGCAUUACGCGAGAAGGCAGCUCGAGACUUGGUGAACAUUGACGACGAGGAGCGCGAGAGACGCAGAGUUGCCAGCUAUUUCGUGGCGGGAGGUGCCAUACUCUUGGCAGCGUUUCUUCUGUGGAGCAAUGCCCCCUGGUACAGCCGCGGUGCGAUCUUUCCAGUGGUUGCUCUUGCGUGGGGAUUCAACCUCUCGGCCAAAGAAGGACUCUGA